CCUGAAUCUUUCACAUUCCGUCACGAAAAAGGUAUCCAUUUGGGCCGUGAUAGCGUCAAGGCAGCUCCCGCCACAGACUACAUCAAGCGCUCGAAUGUAUUUCGCAUACAGGUGGCCAUAUCCGGUGCUGAAUACCUCUUUCAAGCACCUACGUCUGCUGAUCUCCAUCUUUGGGUGACUGCAAUCAACCGGGCUUGUGAUAGCGACACGUCUCGUCCCCGUCAAAGGAAGCUCGCCAGCUCACCUCAGGAAAUUGUUGCCAGCACGCUCGUGGCUGGUGGUUGCGUCACUCAGACACUUGCUACAGCUACACUACUUGCACUCUCGGCAUCAGUAGGCCUUGAAAAUUAUGGUAGGCGCAGGCCACUUGGCAGCAAAUGCGAGCGCAUCGGCAACGGACAGGCGGAUUCAGACAAGAAGACAAAGAGAAUUAGGCGAAUUAUGGAGAAUGCAAGACGAGAAGGAAAAGUUGCCAUUGGAACUACCGGGCAAAGAAAUAUAAAGCAAACCCAGAAGCAAAGGGACAAGGAAGAGGAUAAGGACAAAGAAAGAAAGAAAAUCAGCAGGAUUACUCUGAAAGAAAAGGUGAAAGAGAAACAUAAAACUAAAGAAGAAUGUGGUGAAAAUGAUAAAGUAAAGGAGAACGAGAAGGAGUACAUAAUUGGGGAAAAGAUGGGGGAUCAAAAUGCACAAGAGAAAAGUUCAAGAAGGCAGGACACCGCGCACGAAUGGGAGGCCGUCAGAGGGGAAGAAGAACGAGUGUGGAAGGCAAGCCGAUGGAUCCAACUUCAUGCCGAGUCAAGAGUAAAAGUGUUGUUGCAUGGAUCUGUGUCUCUCUUAUUUACUGCCUAUUUUGCCAAUCGCGUCGGCCCUGCUAUUUACUAA